CCGAGACUGCAUCGAUGUCUUUAUAGACAUCGCUUGUAGUGACAUCGAGGCGAGAUUGUGUGAUUUCAGGAUACCGACACACAAUCUUACCAGAGUUGAACAAGAUGCCCUCAAAGAGCUACAGUCUGAUCGUACAAUCAUUAUAAAACCCUCGGACAAGGGAGGGAAUUUGGUCAUACUAGACCAUAAGGCCUAUGUGAAUAUGUGUACUAGUAUUCUGUCAGAUGAGACGACCUACCGUAUUCUAGAAAGGGACCCUACCAUUAUUUUUCUGAAGGAACUGAAGGAAAUAUUGAUACAAGCAAGAACCGAUUGCUUAAUUGAUGAACGUGAAUAUGAUUUUUUGUUACCAAAUGCACCACGUCUCGCUACAUUCUAUGGACUACCCAAAGUCCACAAGGGCUUGGACCCGCUUAAAUGUAGACCUAUAGUAUCCGGAGUGGGCAACCUAACCCAGAAUAUAGGUAUCUACUUGGACGAGGUCCUCCGCCCUUUUGUAUUAUGCUUACCGUCCUAUUUACGAGACACGAUGGACCUCCUGCUUAAGAUCCAGGACAUCAUCAUGGAGGAAGAUUAUUGGUUAUGUUCAAUUGAUGUCGAGGCCCUUUACAGCUCAAUACCCCACAAUUUUGGGAUUAAUGCAGUGGCACAUUACCUACGCAGUCGGAGUACCCAUCAUGCCGCGCACAAUCAAUUUAUCCUCACUCUUUUGGAGUUUGUCCUCAACAGGAACUUUUUUAUUUUUUCCUCACGCUUUUACCACCAGCUCAGGGGCACUGCCAUGGGCAGCCCAGUGGCACCCACCUAUGCCAACUUGCUCCUGGGCUGGUGGGAGGAAGCGAUUGUUUUUGGGGAGGAUAACUCUCGCUUCCACCACCAUAUCAUCUACUGGGGCCGCUACAUUGAUGACGUGGCGGUCAUCUGGAGCGGCCCCAAAGUGGAGUUCGAGAAUUUUGUGCAGUCCCUUAACACCAACCCAGUGGGUCUCAAAUUUACUUUUGAGAUCCACAAGGAUUCUCUAGUCUUUUUGGAUGUACUGCUCGAACGUAGCAGCAAUGGCAACAUUAGCACCAAAAUCCAUAGGAAACCUACAGCUGGCAAUAGCCUACUCAUGUGGUCCAGUCACCAUCCUUUUUCCCUCAGGAAUGGGAUUCCUAAGGGACAGUAUCUAAGACUUAAAAGGAACUGCUCCUCGGAACAAGUUUUCCAUCAUGAGGCCAAGGAGUUACGCAGUAGAUUUCAACACAGAGGAUACCCUAAUAGGGUUCUCAAAAAGGCAUAUAUAGAAACUAAACAUGUGGACAGAUCUACACUCUUAUUCUCCAAACCGAAGGCUGGGGAUAGGGACCUUCCAACUCGAAUUAUUGGCACAUUUGACGCAGCGGCCAAGGAAAUACGCCAAAUUUUGACCAAUCACUGGCCUAUUCUUAAGACGGACCCAGUAGUAGGUUCUUUAGUGGAAGAGACACCCAGGAUCACAUAUAGGAGGGGAAAAAACCUGGGGGAUUUUUUGGUACACAGUUUGUACACUCCCCCAAGGGGUCCAGGCACUUGGCUCGAUCGCAAAGUAUCUGGAUCAUUCAAAUGUGGAUCAUGUAAAGCGUGCAAAUAUAUGCGUGUUUCCAAAGAAUUCCUCAGUCCUAGCACUAAUAAGAUGUAUAAGUGCUAUGACUAUGCGAACUGCAAAACAAGUAAAGUCAUCUACUUGGCUACAUGUCCCUGUCCCUUAUGCUAUGUUGGCAAAACCAUGAGGGAAGUAAGGCGUAGGAUACUCGAACACAUGAGUGACAUCAGGCAUAAGAGGGAAAAACCGUUGUCGCUUCAUAUGCUUAGGCAUCAUGCGGACACCCCCUUUAAUUUGGAUUUCCAAGUCAUUGAAGUUCUCAAACCCGACAUUAGGGGCGGUGACCUGGAUAAAAGACUAUUACAAGCCGAAACACGCUGGAUAUACCGGCUAAAGACCAUCACCCCCUAUGGUCUUAAUGACCAAUUAUCCUUUUGCCCUUUCAUUUGAUGUAAUUAUGGGUACAUUUCUUAUAUUACAAUUUUCCAUCUUGUAUAAUACAUCUUCUGACCGGUAUAAGUGUCUUCACUCACCUGCAAUUUAUCUAUUUAUUUAUUUAUUUAUUUAGUUAUUUAUUCAUUUAUUUAUGAUUAUUUAUACAUCAUCUAGUUUACCUUAUGCUUACCAUUCUUAGAUUGUAUUUACGCUAUUUCAUUAGUAUCUCAACAUUGGCCCAGUCUAUAUACAUCUACAUUUUUUUAUAUGUUAUCCGUAUUUAUGAGUUAAUAUUUCAGUCUCCUAUACGUCCCAUACGUUUAUCUUUCCAGCAUCUAUAUAGGACGCAUGCGCGGGGUGGAUCGCAUCAUAUCCAAGCCUCGCUUUGGGGUUUAUCUAUCUAUCCACUCAUGCGCCGUCUGAAGCGCAUUGCGUUCCAUUGAUUCCGGACAUGCGCAGAUACAUAUUUCUUGCCACUUCCGCUUCCGGUCCCGCGGCUUUUUAACCAGACUCGCGGCGUCCAAUGUGGCCGCCGCACACUGAGUCCACACAUGGGACACCGGGGAUUGGGUGAGUGCACUGUGGCUGUAUUGCCUUGCUUAUGUGACCUCCACUUUUGGUAACUACAUACCCCUUAUAUUGUAUUAUUUCAUUGUAGGAGUUAUCGCCUCCUCUGGAGCCUCCACAUUAGGGAGGUGAUUCCAGUUCCUUCCAUUACCUUAUUUCAUCUUAUAUCCUGGACUGCCUGAUACUCUAAACAUCUUUUAUUAGGGUAGGCAAUAUGUUUAUUAUACUAUAUUUGCUCGUAUUUUGGGGGCCUUAAUGAUGUGGCAAUAAUAACACCUAUUGGUUAUAUGGUGUUUUACUUUAUGUUUUUGGUUUUAUCUUUAGUACUCUGCUGGAAGUGUUUCUUUUCCAUCUAUAAAUCCACCUUCAGUAUUCUCGGCUCAACAUCUUGUAUUAUUACAUUUGGCGUGUCACACCAGUUAUCAGUCUUUAGUUUACUACCAUCAUAUAUGGGUUCUAGCACACUCAUUAACAUAAGGGAGUGGCAACCUGUGAUCCCUGUGGCACUAUAUCUUUAAUUUGAAGCUGGGCUAUUUCAUAUCUACCCUAUUACUAUUGGAGGUAUAUAUAUCAUUAUUAUACAUUUUUGAUAUUUUAUACUUUAUACACUUGAUAGUUUUGGUAAAAUAUGGAACUCUGACAGGUGGUUUUGUCAUCUUAUUUUUACAGUACUUACCUUGGACAAGGGACAUAUUCUCCAUCUUCUCAUAAUACAAUUAAGGAUCCACAUUUUUUCCAUUGUGGCCAGUGUGGGAUGAUUUAUCUACUUCUCAUACAUCUAUAUAUCAUUUCUCAGUAUCAAUGUGCGGCUAUUAUAUUUUUGUAUCACGUUUGCUUCACUUGUUUGUUUAUCACUUUGAUUAUUAUUUGUGAUAUGUUGACUGCUCCCCUGAGCCCUGAUGAACCCCUAACUAUAAGUGAGGGUGAAACGCGUAGGUCAUUAGGAGUAAGAAUAUACACACAUUAAGUCAUUGGCUUGUUCAUUUUUCAUGUUUAUGUGACUUAUAUUAUCCCUACUCCCUGUCCACACUUAUUGUAGUGAGGGCAAGGGGUUAGACUAGGUAGGGUCGGCUAGGUCAGGUUUUUCACCUGUACCCCAAACCCCCUCCCUUGGUCUGUUGCUCAUUAUUCAGUGCUAUAUCUGAUACCUUCCUGAGCACUGUAUUGUGAGGCAUGGUGUUUUCUAUUAUCUUUAUUA